AUGUCAGACACCGCCGACGAGCUGAAAGGCCUCACCCUUGACACAAGCAUCGAGCCGGAACAGUUGUCGGCGACUCAGCUCGAGUACCUGCGAUCAUGGGCGUCGGCGGCGCAUCAGUCGAACAAGAAGGACACGCUGUAUGCCUCGCUAUAUGCGUACUUUGGCCUAUAUCACGACCGCCCGCUCCUCGGCACUCGCCAGCGCGACGAGGACAGCGGCGCGUUGGGCGAGUAUGCGUUUGUGACCUACGCAGAGGUCUGGCUCGCCGCGCAGGCUCUCGGCUCGGCCCUGCAGGCGCUGCCUGGCAUCACUGCCGCAUCCGCCGCAGGCAACCAGCCCUUCAUCGGCCUCUGCUCCAUCAACCGGGCAGAGUGGGUUGUUGCUGACCUGGCGUGCGUCCUCUACAGUAUGGUCUCGGUCCCAUUGCACGUCACCCUCUCCGCCGAGGCCAUGGCGUACAUCGCAGCCCACUCGGGCAUCACGGUUGUCAUCGUCGCCGCCGAGGCUGCCGACAAGCUGCUGGCGGCACUGGCGACAGCCACCGAGCCGCUCGCCCUCCGCACCCUUGUUUGCAUGGAGGGCAUCGAGACGCUCAGCGAUGAUGCGCGCGCCGCCGCCGCCGCCAUCAACCUGGAGCUGCUCGGCUACCCGCAGCUUGUCGCUGCUGGCGCAGCCGCCUUUGUACCGCACUCGGACUCUAUCCCGCCGUCGGCCAUCCACACCAUCAUUUACACCAGCGGCUCGACCGGCCCUCCCAAGGGCGCAGUCAUGACCUGCGACCGGUGGAACAAGUUCAUCACCGCGCCGUACCUCAUGCCGUUCCCCAUCAUCCGCAUCUCUUUUGCGCCGUUUGCGCACGUCGCCGAGCGGCAGACCCUGUACAUCACCAUGGCGUGCGGCGGGCGCUUCGGCUUUUACACAGGCGACAUGGACCGCAUCUUUGACGAGCUGGCCCUGCUCCGGCCCACCAUGUUCGCCUCGGUCCCCCGGUUCUACAACCUGCUGUACUCCAAGUACCAGGCCGCACUCGAUGCCGCGCUCGCCGCUGCACCGCCGUCGACCAAUCCCAUCGAGGUCGACAAUGCCGUCGUCUCGUCGUUCUCGUCCGUGCUCGGCGGCCGGACCCAGUACAUUGUCACCGGCUCGGCACCGACCUCGGCCGAGGUCAAGCGCUUUCUCCGCCGGGCGUUCGCCUGUCCGCUCUACGACGGCUUUGGCACGACCGAAGUCGGCGGCAUUGCCGUCGACAAUGUCAUCUCCAACAACGUCGACGUCAGGCUCCUCGACUUGCCGCACCUCGGCUACACCACCGCCGACAAGCCGCACCCGCGCGGUGAGAUCUGCGUUAAGACCCCACACAUGAUCACCUCGUACUACAACAACGAGCGUGCCACUCGCUCAGCCUUUACUUCCGAUGGCUACUUUCGCACAGGCGAUGUCGGCGUCAUGGAGGCCGACGGCCAGGUCCGCAUCAUCGACCGCGCCAAGAACGUGUUCAAGCUCGCCAACGCCGAGUUCUGCGCCCCAGAAGGCAUCGAGAACACCCUCCUCGCUUCGCCGCUCAUCGAUCAGCUCUUUGUCUACGGAGAUCCCCAGCGGACCUUCCUCGUUGCUGUCAUCGUGCCCAACACUGCCCAUGCUCAAGUCGACACCGCAGACCCCGAGCUCGCGGCCAAGAUGCUUGCCGAGCUGUCUCGCGUUGGCGCUGCUGCCCACAUGCCGCAAUACGAGAUCCCCGCUGCUGUUCACCUGGCGUCUGAGCCGUUUACUCCCGACAACGGGCUCAUGACCUACUCGAACAAGCUGGCCCGGAAGCAGCUCACCACCCGCUACAUCGACGAUAUUGAGGCGCUCUACGCGGCCGGACCACAGCGGGCGGGCCAUGGCCACAACCUGCUCGCCGCUGCCACCCAACCGGGCCAGGGCCUCGACUCGAUGUCGGCGGUCAAGCUCUCAUCGCUUCUCCAAGCCCAGACGGGCUCAGUGGUGGCUCCAAGUGCUUUGCUUGAGGCGGCUGCCCGCGGUGACGACGUGCUUGCCGCUCUGCUGGAAAGCCCUGGCUCGAGCGCCGCAGCGCCAGACCUCGCCAGCGUGGUCGCAGCCGAUCUGGGCAUGGAUCUCAACCUGCAGAGGUGCGAGCGCAAGGGCAACGUGCUGAGCAAUGACCACAAGACCUGGUUUGUGACCGGAGGAACCGGACUCAUCGGCUCGCACGUCAUCCGUGCCGUGCUGGCACUUCCGGACGUGGACGUAAUUGCGCUUGUCCGUGGCGAGUCUCACGCUGCCGCCCGCGCGCGGCUGACAUCAGUUCUCACCACAGCCGGUGUCGACGAGCAUGCCCUGACGCGGUUGAGCGUGCUGGCGGGAGACCUGGCGGAGCCGCAACUGGGGCUCGACGUCUCGUCCUGGGCUGGGCUCGUCGAGCUGGUUGAGGUCAUUGUUCACUCGGGUGCGAUAGUCAACUGGCUCGAUCCCUACGCAGCACUGCGGAGCGCCAACGUGCUCGGCACGGCCGAGGUGCUGCGGUUAGCAGCCGCCGGAUCCCGCGAUCCGACACUGGUCGCCCUCUCUACGGUUGGGACCGCCGGCUGGACCGAGAACGACCUGCAGCCGUUUGAGAACAUGCUAAGCUCGUCGGGCUACGCCCUCUCCAAGUGGGUGGCAGAGCAGCUUGUGGCGCGCGCGCUGGCGAGUGGCGCUAUCCGCGGCGUCAUCGUUCGUCCGGGCAUGGUGACCGGAUGCUCGGAGACCGGCGUGUGCAACCCAACAGACUUUGUCUCGCGGCUGAUGGUGGGCGUGCCCGCGCUCGGCGCGUACUUUGACUCUGACGCGGUACUCGACAUGACGCCGGUCGACUUUGUAGCUCAAGUCAUUGUCUUGCUGGGCGAGCACGGGUUGCGCGCCGGCUUUGGCUCUGUCGUCUUCCACCUCACCAACGUGGCGCGAUCGCGAAGCUAUGCUGCGCUGGGGCGGGCCAUCGCGACUUUCUGCGCUGCCCAUGACCCGCCGCGCACGCUUGUUGCACUGCCGUAUCCAGAGUGGCGUGCCCGGCUCCUUGCCGACGACGGCCCAGCGCUGUUCCCGCUCCGGCCCUUCUUUGCCGUCGACUUUUCAAUGGGCUACCGUGCACUGGACACCUCGCACACGGAUGCGUUCCUUGCUUGGCUCGCCGCCGCCGGCAUCGACCAUCCCACCUGGCCACAGAUCGAUGACCAGCUCGUGGCCCGCUAUCUCUCCUGGCUCGGCGUGGCGUAG